AUGCCCUCGUCCUCCUCGCCGACCCUACCGGGUCUGACGAGCGGAUCGUCGUCGACGUCGAUCUCCUCCGUGGAGACGAGGUCUGAUGGCGGAUCUGGUGGGUGGUUUGGUCCUGCACUUGUGCAAGGACUCGGGCCUGGACUUGAGCCUGGCUUUGCUGGGAGAGCUGAGCAGGGCCAGGUGCUGGAGGAGAACGAGAUGGCGCCUGUUGUCACUGAUAUGAUCGGCGACGGGACGCGCGCACGCUCGCAGGCGUCUUCAUCGUCGUGGAGUACGGCCACGCCGUCGGUGAGUUCCGCAGGGUUGUCGCUGGCAGACCUGAGCAUGAAUCCCAACGCCGAGUCCGGGAUCUAUGUUUGUUUGUUCCACAUGCUGGACUGUCACGACGCCUUCGACGACGCAGCGCAGUGGCGCACUCAUGUCCUCAGUCAUUUCCGAACGCACCCACCGCCACGGACGGCGCGGUGCCCUCUCUGCCCCGAUACAGAGUUUAUCGACAAACAAGAAGACGCCGGCGCUGCGUCACCUACACCGAUUGAAACCGGGCUCAACUCCGCGCCCCACGCACCUUGCACCUCGCAAGAUCAAGAUCAAGAUCCAGAUCCAGAUCAACCUUCAGCAUGGGACCGCUUGCUCAACCACGUCGCCGGUGAACACUACCAGCACGGCCAGACACUGGCAGGCAGCAGACCGGACUUCGAGCUUAUGCGCUACCUGUACGGGCUACGCCUCAUCUCGGAUGCCCAGUUCAAAGCCAUGCAGCUUGCGCCCGCGCCGUCAAGCCCGGCAUAUCACCGCUCGCAGGAUGGCGUCCGCGCUAGCAUCGGGUCUGCGGAUGAGCCGUACUGCGCGCCGUAUAGUCGACGGCGGGAAGAGAGGAUGCGGGGGCAGCAGAGAGGUGUCAGUGUGGUAUGA